AUGCAUCGGGUAAACAGCUACGUCUACGCAUACCCCGAGGAUAGUUCUCUGGGUCUGCAACAGUGCUAUAACGGUGAUUUGGGGAAUACGCAAUGUACUCUGGAAAACCUGAGACCAGACACAGAGUACACUAUUGUGACCAAGUCCUGCGCUGGCUUGGCCGCCUGUUCGGCGCUUAAAAUCGGAAAGCGCUUCUGGACUGCAAAGCCCGUCACCCUGGACAGGCCUACCGAUGUUAAGGCUGCAAAUGCGACAGCAACAUCGAUCACACUGACAUGGCCAAAACCGAAAGGCGACACUGACGACUCCACCGAAUACAGGGUUUCUUUGAUGACACCAGGCCAUCCCGAAAUUCCAGAGAAGACAGUGGCUUGUGCAGCUACCUUGGCCGAGGACAAAUACACCUGCCAGGUGGAAAACCUCUACACAGAGGUUUCCUACUCGGCCACGGUCUCCGCGUGUAUAACAGACGGCUUCUGUUCGGAAGGCUCUCAACCAGUCAAUUUUAAAACUGUGGCAAAAGACGGAUACGUUCUACAAACCCCUUCAAUCGAAUCACUGAAGGUUCAGGUGAGUUGGACCAGCAAUCACACAGAGGCUGAUGCCGAGUUCAGAAUCCUGGUAGAUGGCUCGUCCACCGCAGCAUGCACUGUGCCAGUGGUUGCUGGUGAGCACACCUGCCAACUCAAGGGUCUCACGCCUUCACAGACCUACAGCGUCAAGCUCACUGCAUGCACAAUCAGCACAAAUGUUUGUGAGGACCUGUACAACCUGCCUGUGCCAACAGUUAAUGCAGCAACACCUGCUGAUGGAAGUCUCAUUGCCGUUUCUGUGAUGUUUGCUAUCUUCUGCUUGCUCCUCAUCGCUCUCACCGUCAUCCUGGUUCCGACUGUGCGCAAGGACAAGCUGAUGUAUUCAAAUGAGGCACACGAGAAGCACGAGGUCUACGCAACUGAAGGGUAA